AUGGUCGCGCCCAUCUCGUCGCCGGCGCUGGUCGCCAUGGCCAGCAGUGUUUUUUUCGCCGGAAUCGCCAAGGCGCAGUAUAACGUUGACACACGAGACAACAUCAUUGCCUCUUCCAAGUCUCUGGCCUUUGAUCUGAUGAAAUUCUACCGCGGCAACCAGUCGGGCCAGAUCCCGGGGCUGCUGCCGGGACCUCCGGCCUCGGGCACGGGCGACUACUACUGGUGGGAAGCCGGCGCCAUGAUGGGGACGUACAUGGAUUACUGGAAGCUCACGGGCGACGCGACGUACAACGACGUGGUGACGCAGGGCAUGCUCUUCCAGGUCGGGCCUCAGGAGGACUACAUGCCGCCGAACCAGACGCUCUCCCUCGGCAACGACGACCAGGGCUUCUGGGGACUGUCCGCCCUGCUGGCCGCCGAGAACAAGUUCCCCGACCCUCCUGCCGACCAGCCGCAAUGGCUCGAACUGGCCCAGGCCGUCUGGAACACGCAGGCGGACCCGAGCCGCCACGACGAGACGUGCAACAGCGGCUUGCGGUGGCAGAUUCCCCGUACAAACGCCGGUUAUGACUACAAGAACACCAUCGCGAACGGCAUCUUCUUCAACAUGGGCGCCAGGCUCGCUCGAUACACGGGCAACAACACGUACGCCGACCGCGCAUCCGCCACGUGGGACUGGCUCUGGAACGUCAGGUUCAUCGACAACGACAAUUGGGCCGUGUACGACGGCGCGAGCGUCAACGAAAACUGCACCAAGAUCCAGAAGAUACAGUACUCGUACAACGCCGCCGUCAUGAUCCAGGGCGCCGCCUUCAUGUACAACCGCACGAGCGACGACAAGUGGAAGACGCGUCUCGACAGCCUCCUGGAUGCGUGUCUCAAGACCUUUUUCCCCAAGCAAAUCGCCUACGAGGUGUCGUGCGAGUUCGCCCUCGGCGGCAGCGUCUGCAAGACCGACAUGCUUUCGUACAAGGGCUAUCUGUUGCGAUGGCUCGCCGUCGUGGCGCAAAUCGCGCCGCACACGGCCAGCAAGAUCCUCGAGCCUCUCCGGAAGUCGGGCCAGGCGGCGGCGGCGCAGUGCACCGGCGGCUCGUCCGGGCGGCAGUGCGGCUUCUACUGGUCCGAGGGCAAGUUCAUCGACCCCAGCGUGGACAAGACGACGGGCGUGGGCGAGGCCAUGGACGUCCUGGCCGCCGUGUCGUCGAUGCUGAUGGAGGACGUGGCGCCGCCCGUCACGCACGACAGCGGCGGCACCUCGAGGGGGAAUCCGAACGCCGGCGGCAAGGACAACGGCGAGCGCGCCGUGCAGCCCGUCACGGCGGGGGACAGGGCGGGCGCCGCGAUUCUGACUGUUUUGCUCUUGGGCGGCGCCGUGAGCUUGUUUGUGUGGAUGAACUUUUUCGAUCCCAAGGUUGCGUGA